AGGCUUUUGGGUCAUUUGCCAUCCAGCUGUCUUUGCACUGCCUCGGUGACUGCAAGCUUGACAACAUGUCUCUGUAUUUGUCCUCAUCUAGGGUGUCCAGUGGGGGUGGCCUAGGCUUCUCUGGAGGGAUGGGAGGUGCUGGUUUGGGCCUGGGUUCCAGGUUGGGUCUGGGUUUUGGGGCAGGUGCUGGUAUGGGUGCAGGGUUAGCUCUGGGAACUGGGCUUGGAUUUGGCCUCGGCCUGGGUGGUGGAGCUGGGGCAGGGGCAGGGGCAGGGGUGGGUGGAUCUGCCCUGGUUCCCAGCGCAGCUUUCACCAUGGGCCGCACCCUCGCAGCAGGUGGCCUGAGCGCUGGAUCCGCCAUGGUGGCUGGACCAGCCUUGGGCCCCAUGCUGGCCCCUGUGCUCACCCGGGAGGCAGAGAAGCACACGCUCUCCGGGCUGAAUGACCGCUUCUCCUCGUACAUGGCUAAGGUGCGGGCGCUGCAGCAGGAGAACGUCGCCCUGGAGGCCAAGCUCUCGCAGCUGACCGGAGGGGCAGACAUGUCCCCCGAGAGCUCGAGCACCUCCACGGCGGAGUACGAGGCCCAGCUAAGUGAGUACCGCAACACCCUGGAGAACCUCACUCUGGACACCAUCAAGCUGGAGAUCGAGCUGGACAACAUCCGUGGCACGGCUCACGAACUAAAGGCCAAGCUGGAUUUUGAGCAGGGUGUGAAGUUUCAGCUGGAAUCUGACAUCAGUUCCAUGAAGAGGGACGUCGAGACAGCAUCCGACCUCCGCAUUGACCUGGACGCCAAGCUGGCCAGCCUGAGAAACGAACUGGACUUUGUCACCAAGACUCAGGAAGAGGAGCUGUCGACACUGCAGGCUAAGUUGGGCACCACCUCUAUGGAGAAGUCGGUGUCCAUGAUUGCAGUGGAUACCGGCAAAUCCUUCGAUAUCUCCGCGGCUCUCAAUAAGAUGAGGACGGAGUAUGAGAAGUCGGUACAGCAGCACCGCGAAGAGGCUGACGCUUACUACAAGCUCAAGAUGGAGGAGAUGCAGAUGGUGACAGCAAAGAGCUCGGAGGCCAUUUCCUCGGCCAAGGCGGAGAUCGGCGCCGCCCGGAAGGAGCUACAGAGCCUCACUCUGGAGCUGCAAAGUCUGGCGUCUGCUAACAUGAGCCUCGAGCAGAGUCUCGCAGAAGCUCAGGCCCAGUCCAGCGUAGGAGUGGCCGACUACCAGGCCCAGAUCGCCAGCCUGACGUCGGCCAUCGAGGUGGCCAAGGCCGACCUGCACAAACAGAUCCUCGCCUAUCAGGAGCUCUUGGACGUCAAGCUGGCCCUGGAUGUGGAAAUCUCCACCUACAGAAAACUGCUGGAGGGAAAUGAUAUCAAGUUGCCAGAUUCAUCCUUAUCAGAUUCCUCAUACAGCUUCACAGGGUGUGACCUCCCCCAAUCCAGCACCCCCCUGCCCAGCCUCUGGAGAGAGGCUAACUAAACGCCCCCCGCAGGCAAGUGAGAGAACAGCAGCUUUCGGUGCGCUGAGCAGGGCACCAUAUCCUACACACUCAUGAAAUGUCACGCAGUGUGAGCAGCGCUGUGGAAGCGCCAUUACGUAGCGUACAACAGCGCUAAGCGUUAGGAAGACAGAAGUGAGACUCUCCAGGUUACCCCGCACAGCAGCAGGACGGAUAUGAAGCCGUCAUCCUGCAACACUCACAGCCAUAAUCCAUGAUCCGCUUUUCAAAGUUACUCUUCACCAUCGUGGCAGGGACACAGGAAGU